AUGAAGUGCGUCGACAGUAACGCUUUACCUGAAAGUCAAUCCGAAAUCGCAGCUGUCUGUAGGGGUGAGGUAUCUAGAGAGGGCAAUCUGAAGAUUUAUCCUCGUCGCGAUGGUGUACCGCAUCAAAAUGAAAUCAAAAAUCUGGGCUGUUUCGCGGAUCCCAUAGUUUAUCCUGUACUGUUUCCGUACGGCGACAGGGGAUAUAAUACUGACAUGCCGCGAUUAAGUAAUCCUCGCAAGACAAUUACUUUCAGCACCGAACCCGAAUGUCUCAUGGGAAUCGAAAAACCGACCCAAACUCGACCUUUCUUUUUCGAAUCGAGGGAGAAUAAAAGUGAAGCUGUUUGUUCACUUUGUAAAAAUAAGUUGAAGUUCUACGGCAGUACUACAAAUUUAAAAAAACAUUUGACCCGACUACACCCAAUCCAGUACAAGCAGCUUAUUGAUAAUUUAGAAGCUUCAACUUCAACUGAACCUCCUGAAUCAUUUGCGGAACAGAGAGAAGAACACACAGAAGGAAGUAUUGUGAGAGGAAAAGGCCGUGCGACCGGUGAUGAAAGUUCUGAACCAUCGCAGCCUCAACCCAAAAGAAAAAAACAAUUAAAGUUAUUUGGUGGUUCUAGCACUACUGAACUUAGUGACGACAAAAAAAAAGAAAUAGAUGAAAAGCUGUUAAAAAUGAUUGUUCAAGAUUUUCAACCACUGUCUUUUGUUGAAAAUAAAGGUUUUAAAGACUUUUCUAAGAGCCUUAACGCUCUUUAUUCAGUUCCCAGUAGGAAAUAUUUGACAGACACUCUCUUAAAAGACAAAUUUGUCAAGGUGAAAUCAAACAUUAAAGAAAUGUUGUGUGAGGUGAACUAUGUUUCAGUGACUACGGAUAUAUGGACCUCGGAUAGUAACAUUGCUUAUGUAAGUUUAACAUGCCAUUUUAGUUAUAAAGAUAAGUUAAAUUCUCAAGUAUUGUCUACCGACGAGAUUUCUGGGGCCCAUACUGGUGAAAAUAUUGGUAACACAUUAACCAAAAUAUUAAACGAAUGGGGAAUUAUGGGCAAAGUCGUUACAGUUGUAUCCGAUAACGGAAGUAACAUAAAAAAUGCCAUAAAUGAACACCUAAAAAAGCACAAUCACCCAUGCGUGGCACACACUUUAAAUUUAUGCGUAAACGACAGCAUAAAAGAAAACGAGACUUUUUCAUUAAUUUGUAAAAAAACUCGAUCACUAGUUUCGUAUUUUAAACAUAGUGUACAAGCUACCGAAAAAUUAAAGACAACGCAGAUUCAAAUGGGUUUUCCAGUUCUUAAAAUUAAGCAGGAUGUUUCCACAAGAUGGAAUUCAACUUUAUUUAUGUUAGAACGCCUGUUAGAGAUCAAAGAUGCAUUAUCUGUAAUAUUAUCCAGUUUGCCUAAAGCCCCUGCUAGUUUAAACGCUACGGAAUGGAGUAUUGUUUGGGACUGUGUGCCAGUUCUAAAACCUAUCGAGAUUAUAACGUCAGUGUUAUCGGCAGAAAAAUAUCCAACAAUAUCUAUUAUCAUCCCACUAAUUAGAGGACUACAACACACUUUACAACAUAUAAAUCCAACGACGGACGUUGGCAUAAAAUUAAAACAGUCAUUAUUAGAGGCGAUAGGAAGAAGGCUUGUUUCACUUGAAAGAGAUAAAAUGGUAGCGAAGGCAACAAUUUUAGACCCGAGAUUUAAAGGUCUAGCUUUUGGACUGGAAGAAAAUUCUAAAAACGCUGAAUCUUGGAUAAUCGAAGAAGUAAAACAAAUAAUAAUUGUAAAAAAUAACGCGGAUUCCACGUCUGAACCCGAACCAAACCUUUUAGGACCAGCAACAACAUCCGAUCCAUCUAAAAAUCUUUGGGCAUUUUUUGAUGACAAAUUAUCCCAAAAAAAAUCCGUUGUAACACCGACAACAACAGCAAUGUUAACUGUAAAACAAUAUUUGCAACUACCCAAUUUAGACAGAACAAAGUGCCCAUUUGAAUUUUGGAGUCAAAACAAAAGUAUGUUUCCGGAACUCUAUGAAUUGGCUCAAAAAUAUUUAAGCAUUCCCGGAACUUCUGUCCCUUCAGAAAGAAUAUUUUCUAAAGCAGGACAAUUAACCAAUGUUCGACGAAAUCGCUUACUACCCAAAAAUUUGAAUCAGAUUAUUUUUUUAAAUAGUUAUUAUUCACACUAA